UUCGUCCUCGACAGGAAGGCGACACGGCGGCUUCAGUUGAUUAUCUCCCUUUCCUUUGCUAUCCAAUGGAUAUUCACUGCAAGGCAGACCCGUUCACAGCCAUGCACCGGCACGGAGGUGUCAACCAGCUCGGCGGGGUGUUCGUGAACGGAAGACCCCUCCCGGACGUGGUGAGGCAGCGGAUCGUGGAGCUGGCCCACCAGGGUGUCCGGCCCUGCGACAUCUCCAGACAGUUGCGCGUGAGCCACGGCUGCGUGAGCAAGAUCCUGGGCAGAUACUAUGAGACUGGCAGCAUUAAACCUGGAGUGAUUGGCGGCUCCAAACCCAAAGUGGCCACUCCGAAAGUGGUGGAAAAGAUUGCAGACUACAAGAGACAAAACCCAACCAUGUUUGCCUGGGAAAUCAGAGACAGACUGCUGGCAGAGGGCAUCUGUGACAACGACACUGUUCCCAGCGUCUCAUCCAUUAACAGGAUCAUCAGAACAAAAGUUCAGCAGCCUUUCCAUCCGUCUCCUGAUGGGACGUCACUGUCAGCGCCAGGCCAUACCAUUGUACCAAACACAGCUUCUCCACCUGUAACCAGCGCCUCCAACGACCCUGCAGGAUCCUACUCCAUUAAUGGGAUUUUGGGUAUUCCGCGAUCCAACGGAGAAAAGAGGAAAAGAGACGACGAUGGUUCAGAUGGUUCUGGCCCAAACAGUGAUUCUCAGGGUAGCGUGGAGAGUUUACGGAAACACCUGAGGGCAGAUGCCUUCACCCAGCAGCAGCUGGAAGCUUUGGACCGGGUCUUUGAGCGCCCCUCGUACCCCGACGUCUUCCCCACAUCGGAACACAUCAAACCAGAGCAGGCUAAUGAGUACUCGCUGCCUGUCCUGAAUUCCAGCCUGGAUGAAGUCAAGCCCAGUUUAUCCUCUAGCGCCAACCCAGACUUGGGCCCCAGCGUGUCGCAAAGCUACCCUGUAGGUCGGGAUAUGACCAACACAACCUUACCUGGGUACCCCCCUCACGUUCCCCCCACAGGCCAGGGCAGCUACCCAACCUCUACGCUCGCUGGAAUGGUUCCUGGGAGUGAGUUUUCGGGGAACCCCUACAGCCAUCCGCAGUACACAACCUACAACGAAGCCUGGCGAUUCAGCAAUCCAGCAUUACUAAUGCCGCAUCGAGAGGCUCCGCCCCUCCCACUGCUGCCACUGCCUAUGACCGUCACUAGUUACCAUGGAAACCAAAUCAACCUGCAGGACCAUGGCCUCAGCCUCCAUAUUGCCCCGGUGUGAACAACACGGUCCACUGGACUCUGAGCAGCAACAACAAAAAAAAGUUCACAGCUCACUCACACAGAAAACAACAACAACAA